AUGGGGAAUAUAUUUUCGAACAACAAAAAGAAAAGUCAUUCGAGACGUGAAAUAAAAAAAAUGGAAAAAGAACCAUUAAAAUAUUUUUUUCCAAAUUUUGUAAAGGAUACAGAUAUAAUGGUCAUUUUUCAUUUUCUCGAGUGUUACCUUUUCCAAAAUUUGUUUAGUUCACCAAUUGAAAAUAGUUUGCUUAAUGAAUGUAAAGUUUUAGAUGUUGGAUGCGGACCAGGAACUUGGUUACUUGAUUUAGCAGCAACUUAUAGUUCAGCAAGGUUCUUUGGGAUCGACUUGUUUCCUAUAUUCCCAAAAGAAAUUAAACCAAGUAAUGUGGAAUUUAGACAAGGAGAUGUUUUGAACACACUUCCUUAUGAUGAUAAUACGUUUGACUACGUUCAUCAAGCGAAUAUGUUAAGUGUCUUUACAAUAGAAGAAUGGUUUUUUGUUAUACAAGAAUUAAUUAGAGUAUGUAAACCAGGUGGUUAUAUAGAGUUCUCAGAACCAGAAUUGGCAGUAAAAACAGGGCCAGUACUUUCAAGGUUCUAUGAUGCAUUGGUUACAUUAAGUGAUUCUCGUAAUGUAAAAAUUCGAAUUUCUAAUGAAAUAAUCAAAACUCUAGUAUCAUUAUCAACAGUGAGAAAUGUAGAUUAUAAAAUAUCUACAGUAACGUUAGGCGCUAAAAAAGGAGGAAACGCAGGACAAGCGUACAUGGAUAUACAUGAUGGAUAUUUUCUAAAUGACCCUAUGCCUGAAACUUUGUGUAAAUUCAUGGGGACUACAAAAGAAGGAUAUUUAAAAUUAUUUAAAGAAGCUAAAAAAGAAGUUAAUGAAACUUUUGCGCCUAAUUGUGAAAUAUAUAGAAUAUGGUGUCAAAAGAUAUAA